AUGGGAAGCAAGGACGAAGAAAAAUCUACCAAGACUGAAAAGCCUUCAUCACCUGUAACAAUGGAUCAGGCUAAUCAGACCAACCAGCCCAAUAUUCAUGUAUAUCCUGAUUGGGCAGCCAUGCAGGCAUAUUAUGGGCCAAGAGUCACCAUGCCCCCAUACUACAACUCGGCUGUGGCUUCUGGUCACGCUCCUCACCCAUACAUGUGGGGGCCACCACAGCCUAUGAUGCCACCUUAUGGGCCUCAUUAUGCAGCAAUUUAUUCACAUGGAGGGGUUUACCCUGCAGUUCCUAUCGGGCCACAUACUCAUGGUCAAGGAGUUCUGUCUUCACCUGCUACUGGGACUCCUUUAAGCAUAGAAACACCCCCCAAAUCAUCAGGAAAUGCUGAUCAGGGUUUAAUGAAGAAAUUGAAAGAGUUUGAUGGACUUGCAAUGUCAAUUGGCAAUGGCCAUGCUGAAAGUGUUGAGCGUGGAGGUGAAAACAGGCUGUCACAGAGUGUGGAUACUGAGGGUUCCAGUGAUGGAAGUGAUGGCAACACUUCAGGGGCUAAUCAAACAAGAAGGAAAAGAAGCCGUGAGGGAACACCAACCACUGAUGGAGAAGGGAAAACUGAUACUCAAAGCAGUCCCAUUUCUAAAGAGACUGCAGCUUCCAAUAAGAUGGUGGCAAUUGUCCCUGCCAGUGGUGCAGGAACAAUAGUUGGGCCUGUAGUUUCUUCAGGUAUGACCACCGUGCUGGAGCUGAGAAAUCCUUCCAGUGUUCAUUCUAAAGCAAAUACCACAAAUGCCCCACAACCUUGUUCAGUAUUGCCUACAGAAGCUUGGUUACAGAAUGAGCGUGAGCUGAAACGUGAGAGGCGGAAACAAUCUAAUCGAGAAUCUGCUAGAAGGUCAAGACUAAGGAAACAGGCUGAAACUGAAGAACUGGCACGAAAAGUUGAUUCCUUGAAUGCUGAGAACGAGACACUGAAAUCAGAAAUAAAUCGACUGACGGAAAGUUCUGAAAAAAUGAGGGUGGAAAAUGCAACAUUAAGGGAAAAACUUAAAAAUGCUCAACUUGGACAAACACAGGAGAUAACUUUGAACAUAAUUGACAGCCAGAGGGCUACACCUGUCAGCACAGAAAACUUACUAUCUAGAGUUAAUAACAAUUCCAGUUCUAGUGAUAGAACCGUGGAGGAUGAGAAUGGCUUUCGUGAAAACAAACCAAACUCUGGUGCAAAGCUGCAUCAACUUCUGGACACGAGUCCUAGAGCUGAUGCUGUGGCAGCUGGUUGA